AUGCCGCCUUUGCCUCAGAGCAGCCAUCCCAGAGGUAAUCAGACCCCUGCGCUGGAAGAUGGGGACAGAGAGCAGAAUAAACCCCCCAUAAUUCGAGAGGAAUCAGUUAAUAACCUGCUUUGCCACCCGGACACUCACAAGCCUAUGGUGCCGGGUGAGAUCCACCUGAGAAUAUUGAGGGAGCUGGUGGAGGAGCUGGCCAAACCACUCUCCAACAUUUAUCAGAACUCCUGGUCAACAGGGGAGGUGCCAGAUGACUGGAGGCUUGCCAGUGUGAUGCCCACCUACAAGAAGGGCCGGAAGGAGGAUCCAGGGAACUACAGGCCUGUCAGCCAGACCUCAGGUCAUCUGUCAGAAGCUUGGUCCCGUGUGACAAAGAAUGCUAUUGCUGAAACCAUCAUAGCUCUGACCAAAAUGGAAGAAGAAUACAGAUCACCAGUGAGGUGCAUUGCAACAACCAGACUAUGGCUGGCCUUAGCAUCCCUCUGUGUACUUGAUCAGGAUCAUGUUGAUAGACUAUCUUCAGGGAGAUGGAUGGGAAAGGAUGGACAGCAGAAGCAGAUGCCAAUGUGUGAUAACCAUGAUGAUGGUGAAACUGCUGCAAUCAUUUUAUGUAAUGUCUGUGGGAAUUUGUGUACAGAUUGUGACCGAUUCCUUCACCUCCAUCGGCGAACAAAAACUCAUCAGAGACAGGUAUUCAAAGAAGAAGAAGAAGCUAUCAAAGUUGAUCUCCACGAGGGUUGUGGUAGGACCAAACUUUUCUGGCUGAUGGCAUUAGCAGAUUCUAAAACAAUGAAGGCUAUGGUGGAGUUUAGAGAACAGACAGGCAAACCGACCACCAGCAGUUCUGAAGCAUGUCGUUUCUGUGGAUGUAGGAGUGGAACAGAAUUAUCAGCAGUGGGAAGCGUUUGUUCUGAUACAGAUUGCCAGGAGUAUGCUAAAAUUGCCUGCAGCAAGACCCAUCCCUGUGGCCAUCCGUGUGGAGGCGUUAAGAACGAAGAGCACUGUUUGCCAUGCUUGCAUGGCUGUGAUAAGAACGCUACAACUCUUAAACAAGAUGCUGAUGACAUGUGCAUGAUCUGCUUUACUGAAGCACUUUCAGCAGCACCAGCUAUCCAGCUGGACUGCAGCCACGUUUUCCAUUUGCAAUGCUGUCAACGAGUACUAGAAAACAGAUGGCUUGGGCCAAGGAUAACUUUUGGGUUUAUGUCCUGUCCUAUUUGCAAGAACAAAAUCAAUCAUACAGUAUUAAAGGAUUUGCUUGAUCCAAUCAAAGAACUCUAUGAAGAUGUAAGGAGAAAAGCGCUAAUGAGAUUGGAGUAUGAAGGGUUGCACAAGAGUGAGGCCAUCACAACACCAGGUGUUAGAUUUUAUAAUGACCCAGCUGGCUAUGCUAUGAACAGAUACGCUUAUUAUGUUUGCUACAAGUGCAAAAAGGCAUAUUUUGGUGGUGAAGCUCGUUGUGAUGCUGAGGCUGGACAAGGAGAUGACUAUGAUCCGAGAGAGCUUAUUUGUGGCGCAUGCUCCGAUGUUUCAAGGGCUCAGAUGUGUCCCAAACACGGUACAGAUUUCUUAGAGUACAAAUGCCGCUACUGCUGUUCAGUUGCUGUAUUUUUCUGUUUUGGGACAACGCAUUUUUGCAAUGCUUGCCAUGAUGAUUUCCAAAGAAUGACAAGCAUCCCUAAAGAAGAACUCCCACACUGUCCUGCAGGUCCCAAAGGUAAACAACUUGAAGGAACAGAAUGUCCACUUCACGUUGUCCAUCCACCCACUGGUGAAGAAUUUGCUCUGGGUUGUGGGGUUUGCAGAAAUGCUCACACUUUUUAGACUAGCGGGGUUUUUUUACCAGAGCAAAACAGGUGCCCUCAUCCCUCAAGUGUCCUGAAGAUAAAGUCCAGCUGGGAUGAGGACGGGACCAUUUCAUAACCCAGGUAAAAGGAACAAUUUACAGUGCAAGAAGGAUGCCAAAUAUCAUGUACAUAACUCUUGCUGUGAGAUAUUGACAUUUUUUGAACUGAGACAUCAAAACUUGUGAGGUGUUUGCAUGUGGCCAUUACAGUCAUCGGCUAGGAAACAUUGGACAUUUACAAAUAAAUAAUUGCUAUUAAAGGAUCUGUGUGUCUGUGGACUAUGAAUGAUGCUGGCUUUCAGGAGAAAGAAAAAAAUAUUGAUUAUUGUAUACUGACUUUUUGUAAUCUUGUACAAUUGUAACGCAUCACAAGUGGGGAUGGGAAAGAGGAAUAUUCUGGUUUAUUUCCUAGACUGUUAUAAAAAAAAUUGUGUUAGGAAGGCAUAAAUGUAACAAGUAUCACGCUGUAUAUAAAAGUAUCAAUGUUUGUCCUGUAUAAGAAUUAUUAAAUUACAACAGCAGUUUCAUUUAAACUUCUGGGUUAUGUUUGAGCCUGAAAUUUUAAUGAAGUGCAAUACUGAGUGUGCCUCAUAUCUUGCAGCUGUAAACAUAAUGGAAUGUACAUGUCAAUAAAGCCACUGUACAUUUUUAUACAGUGAAAGUCUAAUGAAUGCGUAAGCCUCCAUUUUCAGAAA